GAGAACUACUAAUAUAAAAGAUAGGUUGUUACAUACAUGCAGCUCUCCCUCCACCACGGAUUCUAUAGAGUGAAAAGACAGGUUGCUUUCCCUAUUUGAAUUGCUGCCACUGUAGCAGCAUGAUCAAGGUGACCUUCCAUGUGGAACCAGGGACUCCCAUCUAUGAAUUUAGACUGCCCAGAUUUGGAUCUUGACUGCACAGAUGUUUACAGCCAACCUUUCGCUUGGUAUACUCUAUUAUUCCUCCAGGAAAUUAGGUUCCUCUAUUAUUCCUCUUAGAAAUUUUCCAAUGAAUAAUCGCAUAUCGUGGCAUCUACAAGGGGCGUGGGACAAAUGGCAAGCAUUCUCCUCCAUAUAAAUCCUAGUGAAGUUGCAAGUCUGAACGAUGGAAUCAACUUCUUCAGGAAUAAGGAAACAGGAAAGAACUUUAUUGUAUUUAAAGAUGGUGAAGUAUUGAGAGCGUGUAAAAAUUUAUGUAAACAUCAAGGUGGAACCUUCAUUAGAGACAUUGAAGACCUGGAUAGCAGAACUGUUCGCUGUACCAAACACAACUGGAAGCUGGAUGUUAGCACCAUGAAAUACGUCAACCCUCCGGAUAGUUUCUGCCAAGAUGAGCUAGAAAUCAAGACUCAUCAGACCAGGCAACAUUUUUCCAGUCUUCAACAGUCCAAUUUUGUCAUUGAAAAGGGUGAAGACGAUGGCAUAUCACUUGUUGAAUUAAAUCCACCAAAUCCCUGGGAUACUGACCCUCAAAUUCCAAAGGAUUUAGAAUUUGGAGAGCUUCAGAUUACCUAUCUCACUCAUGCCUGCAUGGAGUUGAAGCUUGGUGAAACAUACAUGGUUUUUGAUCCCUGGCUGACCGGUCCAGCCUUUGCUCGAGGAUGGUGGCUGCUUCAUGAACCUCCUUCUGAUUGGUUGGAGAGAUUGUGCAGGGCAGAUUUAAUUUAUAUAAGUCACAUGCAUUCUGAUCAUCUUAGUUAUCCAACAUUGAAGAAGCUUUCUGAAAGAAGACCAGAUGUUCCAAUAUUUGUGGGCAAAACUGAACGCCCAGUCUUUUGGUACUUGGAAAAGAGUGGCAUUAAUCUAACAAAUGUCAAUUCUGUUCCUUUUGGACUAUGGCAGCAGGUCAAUGAACAUCUCCGCUUUAUGAUUCUGAUGGAUGGUAUUCACCCUGAAAUAGAUACAUGCAUCAUAGUAGAAUAUAAAGGUCAUAAAAUACUUAAUACAGUAGACUGUACUAGGCCAAAUGGGGGAAAACUCCCCACAGAUGUUGCUGUAAUGAUGAGUGACUUUGCUGGAGGUGCAUCAGGAUUUCCAAUGACAUUCAGUGGCGGAAAGUUUACAGAGGAAUGGAAGUCACAGUUCAUCAAAGCAGAAAGAAAGAAACUGCUAAACUACAAAACUCAGCUGGUAAAGGAUUUGAACCCUCGUAUCUUCUGCCCAUUUGCUGGUUACUUUGUUGAGGCCCACCCAUCAGAUAAAUACAUUAAGGAAACCAACUUGAAGAAUGAUGCUGCAACACUAAAUCAACUUAUUAAUAAAGUAUCAAAUGUCAUUACAUGGACCCCGAAGCCAGGAGACACACUCGAUGUGGGAAGGUUACUGAAAGACCCAGCUGAUAGAGACGGAAUUGUUCAAAUGCCUCCAGGAACAAAAAUCUUUAAAGAGUCUUGGGACUUCGAUACAUACCUAGAUGCCAUGUCCGUUUCAUCUAGAGAUGAGAUCUUCAGCUACCCAUCCUGGGUUAUAGAAUAUUUCACCUGGGCUGGAUUUAAAGGCUAUAAUCUUGUAGUCAGGAUGAUUGAAACUGAUGAUGAUUUUAAUGAUCUAUCUAGAGGAUAUACCUACUUGGUAGAUUUCUCUGACUUAUCUUUCCCUGCUGUAAGACCAAGUCGUGACCAUGCAUAUGAAGAGAUACGAACUCGAGCUACGGUCAUGAGACAUGUAGUAAAGAAUGGACUUCUAUGGGAUGAUUUGUAUAUCGGAUUUCAAACUCGUAUUCAACGGGACCCAGACAUCUACCACCAUCAAUUUUGGAACCAUUUUCAGAUCAAACUGCCAUUGUCACCACCGGACUGGGACGCAUUUUUGAUGAGAGAGAAACAAAAUAGAAAUAAUUCACAGAGCUGCAACAUGAUGUGAACCAUGGGAUCAAGAAUGGCUUACAGGCCACAAACUUACUGUUUUAUGGGAUGUUCAUGGGUAACCUCAGAGGAAUGUCAGAUUAACCUUAAUUAAUAUUUUAAUAAAAAUAAAUGAUUAAUAAGAAGAAACAGAAAAUCAACAAGUAAUCUUAACAUAGAAGAAACAGUUGCCUGCAUUAUGUUUGAACUCAUUUUAUUGUGUAUUUAGAUACAUUUAGACCUCAUUUUAGUACCUUGGGAAAUAACCAAUGCUAUUAUCAACAAAGUGAUCCAUUCAGGACAUAUAUACUGUACAGUCACUUCAACCUUUCAAGAUGCUGAUUAAAUUAGUUCUAAAACUA